AUGAAACUCAAAAGGGAAAGGCACGAUUGGCCAUCGGAGUGGAGGAAGCCGGUGGAACAGAGUUCAAUUCCCGUGGGAGAGGCGCCGACGGAGAAACUCCACGCGGCGGCGGCGGCAGGCGAGGCGAAGAAGUCGGGCAGGCAGCCUUCGCCGGACGCGUCGGAGGAGAAGAGAGCGGCGGCGGGAUUUUCCCAGGAGGAUAUCAGGACGAGGAGGAUAAUUGGGCGUGGCACUGAGCGUCAAGGCCUCUACUAUGUUGACGAGAUGGCUCACCAAGGGAGUGCCGCAAUGCUGGCUCACGGAUCUGCGACUCGAGAAGCUUGGUUGUGGCAUAGACGUUAUGGUCACCCAUCUCAUGGUUAUUUUAAAUUACUUUUUCCUAAGUUUUCUCAUUUUAAGAACUUUGAUUGCGAAUCUUGUGUUUUGGCCAAAAGCCACAGACAAUCGUUUAAGUCAUCUGAAACUCGAGUUAAGAGUCUUUUUUCUUUGGUACAUGCUGAUGUCUAG